AUAUAUACACAUCUUGUCCAGAAUUUCUUUCGCCUCCUAGAAAUCAUGGCCUCUGCCGUGGUGGAAAAAGAGGCCAUUGAGCUUGGUGAUGCGGCGGCAGCCAUCGAGCGAAGGUCACCUCCAGCUGCCAGUUUGACCCAAGAAAAGAGAUCCAGUUUCCAAGAUUACAUUCGCAUCGCUCAUUAUGGCCGCCCAGUCGAUUACCUCCUUGGAUCCAUCGGAAUCCUCGCCGCUAUAGGCUCUGGCGUUGCCUUUGCCAUGGUGAACCUCAUCAUCGGAGACUUUAUUUCCAUCAUGACCGACUUCACUUCCUCCGGGUCUGCCCCUGAUGGCUUUAUGUCGCAAGUCUCCAAGUCUGCGCUUUACUUUGUUUACAUCGCCAUCGCGAGAUUCAUCUGCACUUAUAUCUACUCGUCGCUCCUUACGUACACGGCCCUCAGAAUCACCCGAAACCUGCGAUACGAAUACCUAAAAUCAGCCCUUGGACAGGAAGUGGGCUACUUCGAUCAAGGCGCCAGCGCCUCGAUUUCUAUGCAGGCCACUUCGAACGGCAAGUUGAUUCAGUCUGGUAUUUCCGAGAAGCUGGGUCAAGUCUUCCAAGCUAUCGCGACCUUCUUUGCCUGUUUUGUAAUCGCGUUUAUCAGCCAGUGGAAGCUUACCCUUAUCCUGAUGUCUAUCGUUCCCGCGCUCCUCAUCAUUGUGGGGAUUGUUGGUGGCUUAGACGCCGCCAUCGAGACAAAGAUUCUCAAGCUCUAUGGGCAGGCCGGUUCGUUUGUUGAGAUUGUGCUUGCCAGUAUCCGGACCACUAAGGCCUUUGGGCUCGCCCCAAGAAUGUCAGACCAAUAUUCUAACAUCCUCCAUGAGGCACGAGUACUUGGCGACAGGAAGAAUGCGCUCUAUAGUUUCAUGUUUGGAGGUGAGUAUUUUGUCAUCUUUGCUGGAAUGAGUCUUGCAUUCUGGCAAGGUAUCAGCAUGCUUGCUCGAGGAGAAGUUUCAAAGAUAGGUACAAUCUUCACGGUAUUGUUCUCUAUCAUAUUGGCAGCUUCGACCCUCAACUCUAUCGCCCCUCACAUGGUUACGUUUAGCCGUGCUGCAACAGCUGCUGGAGAAUUAUUCCAGUUGAUCGAUCGAGAGUCACGCAUCAACCCCUUCGACGACUCUGGAGACAAACCAACCACUACACAGGGUUCCUUGGAGCUCAAGGAUAUCGUUUUUAGCUACCCUUCCCGCCCUGGCACUCGCGUUCUCAAUGGAUACUCACUGUCUAUCCCGGCUGGCAAAGUUACGGCGCUAGUAGGCCCCAGCGGAUCUGGAAAGAGUACUAUCAUUGGCCUCUUGGAAAGGUGGUACAUGCCAACGUCUGGCUCCAUUGAGCUAGAUGGUAGAAGUCUUGAGGACCUCAACUUGAAGUGGCUCCGAACGAAUCUACGACUUGUCCAGCAAGAGCCUGUCCUAUUCAAUGGUACGAUCUACGAGAAUAUCUGCACUGGAUUGAUAGGUACCCCAUGGGAACACGAUUGUCCAGAAGAGAAACUUCGCCGAGUACAGACCGCAGCUCAAACCGCCUUUGCCGAUGGUUUCAUCCAAGCACUUCCCCAAGGGUAUGACACCUGUGUCGGUGAGAGAGGCAGUCUAUUAUCAGGCGGCCAGAAGCAAAGAAUUGCUAUUGCUCGCAGUCUAAUAUCUGAACCAAAGGUCCUUCUUCUUGACGAGGCUACCAGUGCCCUAGACCCUUAUGCCGAGAGUGCUGUUCAGAAGGCACUCGAUGCAGCUUCUAAAGACCGUACGACUAUUGUUAUAGCUCACAAGCUUAAAACGAUACAGAAUGCCGAUAACAUCGUUGUCAUGGACCGAGGUUCCAUAAUUGAGCAGGGUCGCCAUAGUGAUCUAGUUGCUCGUGGGGGCACCUAUGCCAAGCUGGUGCAAUCACAGGACCUUUCAACUGCCAGCAGCGAUGACACAUCUGACACAUGCUCUGAGAUAGCUGAUGAGGAUAUCGUUCUGGCACCUACGAAUUCCCUGCAAAAGGGUCAAAGCGCGACUGACAAACUCCCUACCAGCACCAAUCUCCAGAACUAUGACCUACACCAAGGUACUGGUAUUUUCCGGACCGUCUUGAAACUUGUCGGAUUAGUUCCUGAGAUAAGACUGUGGAUUCUGCUCGUGGCAGCCACAUGCAUCGUGGGUGCUGGCGUUUACCCUGGCCAGACGAUUCUUCUCGGACGGGUGAUGGAUGUUCUCAAAGCAGAUGACAUGCAGAAGCAAGGCAACUUCCUGGCGCUCAUGUUCUUUGUUAUGGCACUUGGCUUGAUCAUCGUCUACGGUAUCCUAGGCUGGGCCACCAAUGUCGUUUCCCAGACUUUUGCUCAACGCAUCCGAGAGGAUCUGUUUUCUUCCAUAAUCCGCCAAGACCUUGCCUUCUUCGAUCGUCCCGAAAAUACAGUUGGUGCACUGACCAGCAGAAUCGACUCGUACGCCCAGGCCAUCUUUGAGCUCAUGGGGUUUACGAUUGCUAUUAUCACAAUGGCACUGGUGUCAGUAUUUGUCUGUGGUAUACUGUCAAUCGCUUUCUCCUGGAAACUCGGACUUGUGGGCGUGUGCGCUGGAAUUCCUCCAAUGCUUAUAGGAGGUUAUGCCAGGAUACGUCUCGAGACCAAGAUGGAUGCCGACAUGGAUGCAAACUUCUCCAGAAGUGCUUCUCUUGCUUCCGAGACAGUUACUGCUAUAAGGACAGUCUCGUCUCUCGCUAUCGAACAAAAUGUGCUUCGGAGGUAUACUUCUGAGCUUGAUACAGCCAUUAAUCGAUCCAGAAGCUCCCUGUUCCAGAUCAUGAUCUGGUUCUCACUGACACAGUCAAUCGAGUACCUCAUCCUAGCUUUGGGAUUUUGGUACGGUUCCAAGUUGGUUUCUGAGAAUCAGAUCACCUUCUAUCAGUUCUUCGUCUCAUUCAUGGGGGUAUACUUCUCUGGCCAAGGAGCAGGCCAGAUGUUUAGUUUUGCAAGCAGUUUCACCAAGGCUAACUCAGCUGCCAACUACUUCUUCUGGCUUCGCGAUCUCGAGCCCACUAUCCAAGAGACAAUUGACAACAUCGACAACGCCCCCGCUGAUGGUUGUAAGUCCUACGACUUGAAGGACCUCGAGUUUUCAUACCCCCUUGCUCCAAACAACCGCGUGUUGAAGGGCUUGUCUCUCAAGAUCGAACCCGGUCAAUUCGUGGCAUUUGUAGGCGCAUCAGGAUGCGGUAAAAGUACCAUGGUCUCGCUCCUUGAACGAUUCUACGAUCCUACAAACGGCAAAAUCACGAUUGAUGGUACAUCCUCAUUAGCCGAUCUCAACCCUCGAUUGUAUCGUGCAAAUGUGUCCCUUGUCCAGCAGGAACCGACUCUCUUCCCAACCAGCAUUCGCGAGAACAUUGUCAUGGGCGUUGAUCAAGCAUAUGGCGACUUGGCUGAGGACGGAGUGAGUGACAAGAUGGUCGAGGCUGCUUGCCGAGCUGCCAAUGCAUGGGACUUUGUUAGUUCCCUACCGGACGGCCUAGGCACGCCUUGUGGAACAGGCGGGAGUCAACUCUCUGGCGGCCAAAGACAACGCAUCGCCAUCGCCAGGGCUUUAAUUCGAAACCCCAAUGUCAUCCUUCUCGAUGAAGCUACCAGCGCUUUAGAUACGGAGUCUGAAAAGGUGGUUCAGGCUGCUUUGAUAGAGGCUGCGACAUCUGGAAACAGGAUCACUAUCGCUGUGGCCCAUCGAUUGUCUACGAUCUUCCAUGCUGAUUGCAUAUUUGUAUUUCAUCAUGGUCGAAUUGCAGAGGCAGGAUCGCAUGUGGACUUGAUUGCUCAGGGCGGGUUAUACAAGAAGAUGUGUGAGGCGCAGAGUUUAGAAGCUUUAGCUGCUUGA